UAAAACGGAAAAACCAGCAAAAAAUAAAAGGUUAGACAUUUUUUCUUUUGAGCUGACAAAAACUGAGCUGACAUCCAAAAAUUCAACUUAAAUUUAUACAACCUUCUUCGUGGUCAAAACCAUUUCUUUACAACCAAUCAUCAAUCAACCAUGUCUGCUAGAAUAAGUAGAGGCCAAUGUGCUGAUUGUACAUGUUCUCCAGGGUUACUUUCAAGAGCCAAUAGAAGAUCAUCACUUUUCGCUCAAAAAAUCAACAUUAAGAGAUCCAACAGUGGUACCAUUAAUGUGGGUCAAUCAAGAAAGGGGUCAGUAUUUACCAUUGAUGCUGCUUCAUUAUGUUUACCUGAUGUCAAAGAAAUCAAUACUUCCAAGCGUUUGAAUGCUUUAAGAACCAAGAUGGCAGAACAUGAUUUAGGAGUUUAUAUCAUCCCAUCUGAAGAUCAACAUCAAUCAGAAUAUGUAUCUAGUUUAGAUCAAAAGAGAAGUUUUAUUAGUGGAUUCCAAGGUAGUGCUGGUGUAGCUAUUGUUACUAGAGAUGUCAUGUGUAUGAAUGAAAUUCCAGAAGGAUUGGCUGCUUUAUCAACUGAUGGAAGAUAUUUCAAUCAAGCAUCUAAUGAAUUAGAUUUUAAUUGGCAAUUAUUAAAACAAGGAGCCAAAGAUCAACCAACUUGGGAAGAAUGGACUGUGAAUCAAGCUAUUCAAUUGAGUUUAGAUUCCGGUUUGAAAAUAAACAUUGGGGUUGAUCCAAGAUUAAUUACUAAUAAAUUAUAUCAAAAAUUUAUAAAAUUAAUUGAAAAAGGUUUAAAUGAAUCAAAGAAUAAAUCUGCUAAAGUUGAAUUUUUAGCAAUUCAAGAAAAUUUAAUUGCAUCAAUUUGGGAAACUUUUGAACCAAUACCACCAACUAUUCCAAAUCCAAUUAAUAUUCUUGAAUUAAAAUUCUCAGGUAAAUCAAUUAAAGAUAAAUUAUCUCAAGUUCAUAAUCAAGUAUUUAAAACUUCAUCUCAUAUUGAAGGAUUAGUUGUAACUGCUUUGGAUGAAGUUGCCUGGUUUUUAAAUUUAAGAGGUCAAGAUAUUGAAUAUAAUCCUGUAUUUUUUUCAUAUUUAAUCAUUACUAAAUUCCAUGGUACUACCCUUUUCAUUGAUAAACAAAGAUUAUCUCCUGAAAUAUUGGUUUAUUUACAAUUAAAUGAUAUUAAACUUGAAUCUUAUGAUGAUUUUUAUCCUUAUUUAUUAAAUUUAUCUAAAGAAUUUUCAAUUAAUGAUAAACAAUUAUUAGUACCUAAUAAUUCUAAUUGGGAAGUGAUUAGAAAUUUAAAAUGUUCUUAUCAUCAAGCUUUAUCUCCAAUUGAAGAAAUCAAAUCGAUUAAGAAUGAAGUUGAAUUAGAAGGAGCUAAAAUUGCUCAUUUAAAAGAUGGUAGAGCUAUUAUUAAAUUUUUAGCAUGGUUAGAAGAUCAAUUAAUUAAUUAUCAAGAAUUAAUUGAUGAAAUUACGGCUGAUGAAAAAUUAUCUGAAUUUAGAAAAGAAGAAGAAAAUUUUGUUGGAUUAUCAUUUGCAACUAUUAGUGCUACUGGUGCUAAUGGAGCUGUUAUUCAUUAUAAACCUCAUAAGGGAGCAUGUUCAACUAUUAAUCCUAAUAAGAUUUAUUUAAAUGAUUCUGGAUCUCAAUUUUUAGAAGGUACAACUGAUACUACUAGAACUGUUCAUUUUGGUAAUCCAACUUAUGAUGAAAUUAAGAAUUAUACAUUAGUAUUAAAGGGGAAUAUUUCAUUAUCAACCUUAAAAUUUCCUGAAAAUACUACUGGUAAUUUAAUUGAUUCAAUUGCUAGACAACAUCUUUGGAAAUGGGGAUUAGAUUAUGGUCAUGGUACAUCUCAUGGUAUUGGGGCUUAUUUAAAUGUUCAUGAAGGACCAAUUGGAAUUGGACCAAGACCAAAUGCGGCUCAAAAUGCGUUAAAACCAGGACAAUUAUUAUCCAAUGAACCAGGAUAUUAUGAAGAUGGAGAAUAUGGAAUUAGAAUUGAAAAUGUGAUGUUUAUAAAGGAAAGUGGUAAACAAUAUGGUGGAAAGAAAUUCUUUGAAUUUGAAACCAUUACUAAAGUACCAUUUUGUAAGAAAUUAAUUAAUGUUGAUAUGUUAAGUGAAGAAGAAUUAGCUUGGAUUAAUGGAUAUCAUAAUACGAUUUGGAAUGAUUUGAAUGAAUCAUUUGAUAAGAAUAGUGUGGUUUAUAAAUGGUUAAGAAAGGAAACCUCCCCAUUAAUUAGAUCUCGUUAAUCUUGUAUACCCCCUUCCCUCUCACCUUUCACUUAACUAUAAAAUUAUUUUGCAUGUCAUGUCGUUAAUGUUUUGUUUGAAUUUUUAAAUUUUAUAAUUUAGUUUAAUAGCAAUUUAUAUUGAAUAUAUUUAUACAUUCUAUU